AUGAGCACUAUCAGCUCAUUGAUUGGUUUCCUUAACCACAUCUCAUGCCUGAAUCUUCAGACAAAACCUGUUGACCCUACAGUGGAUGGAGGUGCACAGGUGCAGCAGGUUGUGAACAUUGAGUGUGUGUCCGACUUUAUGGAAGCACCAAUCCUGAACAUUCAGUUCAGGUAUGGUGGAACAUUUCAAAAUCUUUCAGUGAAGUUACCCAUCACACUGAAUAAGUUUUUUCAGCCUACAGAGAUGUCUUCUCAAGACUUUUUCCAGCGUUGGAAGCAACUGAGCAAUCCUAAACAAGAAGUACAGAAUAUCUUUAAAGCAAAGCACCCAAUGGAUGCAGAGAUCACAAAAGCAAAGAUAAUUGGCUUUGGAUCUGCCCUGCUUGAGGAGGUAGAUCCCAACCCUGCUAACUUUGUUGGUGCUGGUAUUAUACAUACAAAAACUACACAGAUUGGAUGCUUGCUGCGCCUUGAACCCAACCUGCAGGCACAGAUGUAUAGGCUCACACUACGAACAAGUAAAGAAGCUGUAUCUCAGAGAUUAUGUGAAUUGCUGUCAGAACAAUUUUAAUUUUAACCAUGUCAUUGUUUUGUUUUUCCAUUUAUAUCAUUGUUAUCAUACUGCAAAUAAAUGUCUUGUACAUCACUGUCUGAGUACUGCAAUGUUAACCAAUACAAGCUCCCGCCAUAAUAGGACUUGUCCCUUGUUUGAAAUUAAGACUAUAAAAUGUACAGUAUGGGGAAGUGGCUUUUUAUAUUAAAAAUGGCUUUUGUGUGUGUGCAAAGGGUGGGAGAGCUGUCUUAUGCUCCAUUUUGCAGAGGUCAGGCUUUUAAAUUUAUUAAAGGGAAACUAAUUAGAUGUGAUAAGUGCGGAUUUCAACUGGAAGCGGCCAUAACAUUCUGCCAGCGCCUUUAAUAGGCGCACUCCCUCUGCUCUGAGCUAAAAGAAACCAAUGUAAUACUGCUCAGUUAGACUAAUUCAGAUAUUAAUGCAAAGCCAAAAUGACUGAGAGCAAUGAAAUCAAGAGUCAGCUUCUUGUUGCAUGGCUUCUGUUCUAAAUGAAUUUGUAAAUGUCUUGAAACUUUUGCCACAAGUUUUGGAUUGGAUGAAUUGGCAGAUUACAAGAUGUAUUUGAAUUUGGUUUAAGUGUACACUUAUGCUGAAUGUCACUGAUUUUUGUUACAUUUGCAAAAUACCACAGGACCAAACUCUUAAUCUUGUAAUCCUUUACCAUUUUCUUUUCCUACUUUUUGAAAAGUGGAUGCAACACAAAGGCUGUUCUUAAUCCUUCUGCUCAUCUCAAGUAAUGAGGUGAGCUUCUGUGGCGGGCGGUGAACCAGUACUUACACUUGUUUGUUAUUAGUCAAACAGAGGUUUUAAAAAGUCUGUUCUGUGGUUUGUUUCCCAUCAGAUUUAGUGAAUAGCAGCCCUGAUGAUGUGAUACAACUAAAUGCGGAGAGAAUGGGUUCUGAUCACUGUGGUAUUGUAAAAAUGAAAAAUAGAAGAGGGAAGAAACAGGCACUUGAAGGCUGUAAGGCAUGCACUUUUUUGCAGACACAAAUCUAAUUUUAAACAGUAUUCCCCCCCAGUGUACAGUCAUGACAGAACUUAAGUGGUGGAAUAGUUGAUACCUGAACAGUUUCUCUUCUGUCAGUGGUGAUGAAAAUAUCCAAUGUGGUGUAGGAGCUUUGUGUUGUUUUUUUUUUUUUUUAGAUUGAGAGUAGAAAGGCUGAAAAUGUUCAGUUUUUACAACCAAUGCCUUUCUAGCUUGUUCCACAUCAGCCAGCAAACUCUUUACAGAUUCUCUGCAGAAAUAAUUGGACAUAACUUUGGCUUACAUCCUUCAAGCCUUCAGAUGCUACUAAAGCAAGGUAGGUGAGGCAAUGCAGUUAGGAACUGUGGGCAGUUAUUGGCAAGGUAGUGCUGGUCAGGGUGAACCAAGAAGUCAGCUGCUGCUUGUGUUAAAAGUGAAUCUCAUAUCAGGACUCCCUGAAGGUUAUUUAAAGGAAGCCUGUGACUGCCUUUCAAUACAUACAACCCAAGUUUGCUCACGCAACUUAGAUACCAAGUAAUAGUAGUGAAGUUGAAACUGCACAUUUAAAUGAGGCUCCUGUCCCCAGGAUGCACUGGGCAGCAUGACAGGAGUCUACAUAGCUGGAUGUGCCUUGCUCCCCUCACCCUGCGCUUCGAGUUAAGUGAUAGAACUGUAUGAUUCUCAUUUGGUUCAGUUUAGGGCCAGUGAUGAUACUUGAAAGCCAGUGAAAAGUGAGGAACAAAGCUUUUUGCUCCAGCAGUGGUCAGAAACUAUGGAUAUUUUAACUGAAAGCUUGUCUAUAGACCAGGGAUUUCUGGAAGGUUGGUUUUUUUUUUUUUCUUGAGCAGUUGGGCCUUUGGUAGUCUUUCAAGUAGCUAAUCAAAGCUCACAUCACAGAAAUUGUCUUUGAAAAUCUUCAUAAGGAGAUCCUGAAGUCAGGUUGGGCAGUUUAAAAAAAAAAAACAAAACACCAUACUACUGAACCUCCUUGUGUAUUUUGUCUUUUGGACUUGAUAGGUCCCUUUAGUGCCAUGGUGUUGUCCCUGUGCUAUUGGCUGCUGCGUUAAAAAUCUGAUGUGCUGAACUAAGCUCUGCUAAAGGGAAUUUUAGCAGGGACAGGAGAAGAGCUGCUAUUUCAUCUUUUUUCAAAUCAUGUUGUACAUCCGUCCCUCUAAAAACAUUUUGUGCCCUCAUUAAAGGACAUCUUGAGACACACUGUACUACUUUAUUUCACUUAGCUUUGGUUCAAGCUGUGCUAAAAUGUGCAUUAAACAUCAAGGAGGGGGGUAAGGGGAAGUGUCUUUUGCAUAGUGGCUGUAUUAAGCUUAUGACUGUUCACAUUUUGUGUUAGAUGAUGUCAGCUCAGUGAAGCCAUGGGCAGAACAGUGAACAAACUAAGGACAAAUACUUGAUGGCUUUUGCUUUUUGGGUUUUUUGGAUUUUUUUGUGAAUGAUGGUUGAUUUACCAAAGUGAUGUAUCCUUUCAAGCAGACAAAGUAACUUUCUGCAGUAAACAGUGUUAUUGUUUUAAAGUACAGUAUUUUCAGGCGUUGACAUGUGAAAAUAAUUGAAUAGCAAGACAGAUAGCAUAUGUGCAUUCUUGACCUACACUCCAGUAUGUAACAUUUAUGGUGAUUGUCUUAUUUGUAUAAAACAAAGUUCUGUCAAAUUAAGUGGAGAAUUUUCAUAUAGAAGACUAUAUAUUAGACAAUAUAUUCAUCAGAAGAACAUGUGAAGAUUAAAUAAAUGAUUAGAACAGUAA